UGAAGGAGAUCAAUGACAACCCUCAGAUCUUACCCAAUACCACCUUGGGCUUCCACAUAUUUGACAGCUAUUUCAUUGCAAAAGGGACCUAUCAUGCUACAAUGCUGCUAAUGUCCAGCCCAAACAGAUUGGUCCCCAACUACAAAUGCGACAUCCAUCAUCAUUUGAUAGCAGUCAUUGGGGGACUGGACCCCCUAACCUCUCUUCAUGCUGCAACAGUCUUGGAUAUCUAUAAAAUUCCACAGGUAUAAUGUGUCCAUCUCUGUGCGGAGCAUCAUGGAUUUAAAGUUGUUGUUUUACUUUCAUGGUUGCAUUGCUUGCCAUAUUUCACCUUGUGGUGCAGAGGCCAAAAUAUGUGAACUGGUGUGGUGAAUACAGCAUAAGCUUCAAUACCACAGCAAGACUCUUAUACAGGGUAUACGAUUUUGAAUUUAUUGAUACAAUUUGGAAAACACACACGAAAUAAAUACUUUUUAUUUGAAGAGAGACCAAUUAUGCAGGUUGAUUUUCAUUCAGUCACCAAUCUUUUGGGGUGAAAUGUACAAAAGUCUCACGGUUGUAAACAUCAUUGCCUCACAAAUUUAAUACAAGGAGAUUGAAAUGAUGGUGAUUGAGUGGGAGUUGAAAACGGCAGCUUUCGGAUUGUGCUUCUCAGAAGUGGAGUGACAAGUUAUGGAGCAUAAAUCCCAUCAAAGGAAAAUUUAGAUGCGAAUUCAUGGGACUAUGCUAAAAUUAACCCACAUUUGGUAUCGAAUAUCUACCAGACUGUACUACAUGAAGUUGAUGUUAUGCCCACAUUGUGUUCGCAGGAAUGAAGGAAGAAGGGUGUAUGUAUGUCUUUAUGAAGGAAAUUUGCAUUUACUAAUGAUUUGUGGUGCCGUAGCAUAGGAUAGACAUGGGCAUGCAAAAUGUUGGCAGAAGGGUGUCUGUGUGUCUUUAUGCCGGGAGUACAAGCCCAUGUUAGAACAGAAGCUGGGAAAUGUGUUUUGACUGAAAAAGAAAGCUACAAAAAUGUAGAGUGUCCAGGGUUUAAAUACAGCAGGACACUUAUUUUCUUGGAAACAUGGUACCUUUCUUGUUCUUCUUUAUAGUGACAGUCUUCAACCUCCAAUUUUCACUUUUAUUUGUUGGAGUACGCUUAAUUGGCAACAGUAACACAAAAGACUCAAGAAGUAUUUCAGUAUUAUUUUCAGCAUCUUGUAUUGAGUGAUGGUGCAACAUUGUCCUUACUCAAAAGGUAACUUAAAUGUUGAAUAAAAAUGACUGAAUAUAUUCAUAAAACUAUUCCUAUUCUUUCUUUUUCUUCUGCAAUCCAUUUUAGCUCAUAUAUAGUCCGGCUCCAGUCAUGGAGGAUAAAACUCCAGGCCUUUCCUUCUACCAAAUGGUCCCACAGGAAGCCCUUCAGUAUAAGGGGAUUCUCUCCUUACUUCUGCAUUUCAGGUGGACCUGGGUUGGACUUUUUACUAUGGAUCUUGAGAACGGAGAAAGAUUUCUGCAAGCCGUGGUUCCAAUGUUUACUUCUAGUGGCAUUUGUUUUGCCUUUAUUGAGAGAGUAUCCAAAUUAUCUCUUGUCACUGAUCUUAAAGACUUAAUACAGCAGGGUGCAAAAAUAUAUGAUAAAGUAAUGAGUAGCAAAGUCAAUGUGAUAGUCCUCUAUGGAGAAUCUUAUUCUAUGAUAUUUCUGAGAUGGCUUCCAUAUUUAUCUGAGCAAGAACAUGUGAAAAUUAACCCAAAGGGUACAGUGUGGAUAAUGACAGCCCAGGUGGAGCUGACUUCUCUCGUUUAUCAAAGGACUUGGGAUAAAGAAAUAAUACACGGGGCUCUGUCCUUUGCAAUUCACUCCAAUGAUAUAUCAGGAUUUCAACAAUUUACUGCCAGCAGAAAACCUGCCACCUCAAAAGAAGAUUAUUUCAUCAAGGACUUCUGGCAGCAGGCCUUUGCCUGUUCAUUCCCAAGUACAGGUGCAGAAGAUAUGGAUGGGGAUAUCUGCACCGGAGAUGAGAAUGUGGGGACUCUUCCUGGGCCUUUCUUUGAAUUGAACAUGAUUGGCCAUAGCUACAGUAUCUACAUGGCUGUUUUUGCCAUGGCACAUGCUGUUCAUGACAUGUUCUCAUGGAGACUCAAAUCAAGAAUGUUAAAGGACCAAGGGCAGUUGUCAUUUCAAAAUCAACAGCCAUGGCAGGUAAUGAAGCCAAUUUUCUCUUCCAGUAGAGCACCGUAUCAUGGGUGCUGAAAUAGUCCAUGGUUUGUUCCAUAAAUUAUCUCCCUGAUUUUUGUUUGUUUGUUCUUCUUUGAUUCUGUUGCCACUGAAUAUAUUUGUUAGACUGAUACACAUCCUCUUCUUCUGAUUUCCUUUUUCAAAUAUAGUUCCAUCAUUUCCUCAGAGGUGUAUUAUUUAAUAAUAGUGCUGGAGAUGAGGUUUCCUUUAACCAGAAUGGGGAGUUGAAAGUUGGGUUGGAUGUUAUUAAUUGGAUUGUUUCCCUAAACCAAUCCUUUCAUAAAAUUAAAGUUGGGAGGAUGGAUCCCCAGGCUUCUUCACAUCAAGUGUUCACCAUCCAUGAAGACGCUAUAACAUGGCAAAGGCGGUUUAACAAGGUAGGAAGAGAUCCAGUUUGGAAUGAACAUUGACUUCAGUACUGUUUGUAAACAUCAUUUCACUUAACCACAAUGAUUUUGUGAUGUGUGAAAAAAUCUUGAGCUGGUCAGGGAAAUUACACUUCAUGAACUUAUUCACUAUGGUAGUGUUACAGAUUAUUAUUUUAAGAAUUAUUAUUUUUUUGAGAAAUUGAUAGAUGAACUAAAUAUAUUCAUCUUUUGCUUUGAAUAUAUGUCAAAUGAUGAUCUUUGGUUGAGAUCCAAAGUUUGUCAUGCACAUUGAUUUCAUUGUAUCAGUUCAGAGCACUCCAUCUUUGAAUAUCACUUAAGAUCAUUUUCAUUCAAAACAUUCAAAAUUCUAUCAGAAAGACCAAAGUACAGUAGUACCUCGGGUUACAAACCUCGCCCCAGGUUGAGAACAGAAAUCAUGUGCCGCGUUGCGGCGUCAGUAGGAGGCCCCAUUAGCGAAAGCGGACCACAGGUUAAGAACAGACGUUAGGAACAAAUUAAGUUCAUAACCGGAGGUACCCCUGUGUAUGUAACCUUUAUUCGUUUUAUUUACGAAAUAAUCUUUGGCAGCGUGGUUGAAACCAGCUCUAUGAAAAGGAGGAAGUGAGAAAACCAGGUAGAAUCUCCUCUUUUGUUCCCCACCUUUCCAUCAGGUGGAAAAUAUUAUUUCUUGCUUGCCUCUAUCAAACCAGAACUUCACUAUUUAGAACACUAACUCUAUCAUCUUCCUAAUGCCCAAUGAAAAAGGCAAUUACAAGCAUUUCUUUUUACUUCUUUCCUUCUCAAACAAGAAACCGAUUUAGAAUUCUUCUCCUGUCCUGUACCUUUUGGUUAAAAGGGGUGAGCUAACACCCCAGAGGACAGGAUCACACUUCAAAACGACCUUGACAGAUUAGAGAACUGGGCAAAAACAAACAAGAUGAAUUUUAACAGGAAGAAAUGUAAAGUAUUGCACUUGGGGGGAAAAAAUGAGAGGCACAAAUACAAGAUGGGUGACACCUGGCUUGAGAGCAGUACAUGUGAAAAGGAUCUAGGAGUCUUGGUUGACCACAAACUGGACAUGAGCCAACAGUGUGACGUGGCAGCUAAAAAAGCCAAUGCAAUUCUGGGCUGCAUCAAUAGGAGUAUAGCAUGUAGAUCAAGGGAAGUAAUAGUGCCACUGUAUUCUGCUCUGGUCAGACCUCACCUGGAGUACUGUGUCCAGCUCUAGGCACCACAAUUCAAGAAGGACACUGACAAACGUGUCCAGAGGAGGGCAACCAAAAUGGUCAAAGGCCUGGAAAAGAUGCCUAAUGAGAAACGGCUAAGGGAGCUGGGGAUGUUUAGCCUGGAGAAGAGGAGGUUAAGGGGUUAUAUGAUAGCCAUGUUCAAAUAUAUAAAAGGAUGUCACAUAGAGGAGGGAGAAAGGUUGUUUUCUGCUGCUCCAGAGAAGCGGACACGGAGCAAUGGAUCCAAACUACAAGAAAGAAGAUGCCACCUAAACAUUAGGAAGAACUUUCUGACAAUAAGAGCUGUUCGACAGUGGAAUUUGCUGCCAAGGAGUGUGGUGGAGUCUCCUUCUUUAGAGGUCUUUAAGCAGAGGCUUGACAACCAUAUGUCAGGAGUGCUCUGAUGGUGUUUCCUGCUUGGCAGGGGGUUGGACUCGAUGGUCCUUGUGGUCUCUUCCAACUCUAUGAUUCUAUAAAAAAGGAAAUACAGUCAGUCUCUCUCUCUCUCUCUCUCUCUCUCUCUCUCUCUCACACACACACACACACAGAGAGAGAGAGAGAGAGAGAGAGAAACACAAGCUAGGGAUGGGAUGAUCUAUGCAAAUUUGCAAAGAGCAACCAUCAUAUGAAGAAUGGAUGGUUCUGAUUUGCUUAUGGUGAGCAGUCAAAAGCCGGCCCUGCAACUGCUUUUUGUUUGUUUGUGUGCCUUUGAGGCUUCUCCUGCUUUACCUUCUAAGAGAGUAAAAGGAGCAGACAAUUGCUAUGCCUGUCAUACUUUAAGGCCUUUCCUUUCAUUGUGUCUUCCCUCUCUGCAGACAAAGUUGGAAUCUGCUGCUCGUGGUUUUUAUUACUGGAUGUUAGACAUGAACAUCUAGAAAACAUCUCAGUUACAGAAAAUGUAUUAAUGUGAUUGUGGGUGACAGGAGAAAGCCUGAACCAUCCUUGGUGAUUGGGGAGGGAGUUGGAAUCUUGUCAGGUCUCUGCUCACUUUGCCAAUAAUAGGGGUCUUCUCUACAGGAACCAUAAAGAUUCCCAGCUCUAUAUUUUCUUUUGUUUCAUGGAUUAGGCAAGGCCUAUUUCUGUAUGCAGUGAGAGUUGCAGCCCUGGUUCAAGCAAGAAAAUGAAGGAGGGGGAGCCAUUUUGUUGCUACGAUUGCACUCCCUGUCCAGAAGAGAAGAUUUCAGACCAGAUGGGUAAGCAAUAUCACAUACAGAAAUAGGAAGCAGAUGGCCAGUAAUUCAGAGGAAGGGGAAUAAGCAUAAAUAUAUGCAUACAAUAUGGUUACAGGUUUUAUUCUUUUUGGGGGGGGAAUGGUAAAUCUGAGUGAUGCAGAGGGCCUUGUUGAAGAUGCAAAAAUCCAACCUGGUUUCCUUGGUGGAAUAAUUUGACCUUGUGCUGAAUGUGAGCUGAUCAGUCCGCAGCCUCCUUGCCUCAUCUUCAUCCCGUGAUCUCAGAACAGGCAAAAAGAGGGGUUGGUUUUACCUGUCUUCCUUGUAUGAGUUUCUGUGUUUAUAAACAAUCUCCUCCUUGAAGUCUCAUUCAGAUCCACAAAUGCAGCGUGGCUAAUAGUUUAUCUGCUCAACUAUAGGGAAAUUGAGAUGGGCUUGCAAGAUUAUGGCCUCUGUGGUUGAUAUUCACCUUCCCCAAUCCUGUUGUCUCGUAAUAGGAGAAAAAGGGGUUUGGCUUCUGGAAACUCUGUUUAUAUAAAAUACACAAUCACAUAUAAAAAAUUUACAUUUAUACACACACACACACACACACACACACACACACACACACAUUUUCCUUCUGACAUACCCUGCCUCUCAGCCUCUGGGUUCUCACCUAGGAUCCAUACAAACUCUCAGCUCAACUAAAAAAGUCUAGCAAUGAGAAGAGUUCCUGGAAACAGUGGACAUCACCCUAGCCUCUUGUUUCUUAUGGGCAGGCACAGGGGACUUGGUUCUUCCUCAGGCUGCCCUCCCCUGUGUCCCAUUCAGCUGCACACCCACUUCCAGGAGCAACAGGUUUGUUGAGUUUCCCAGGUGGUCCAAAGGGUGGGGAAAGGGACCUCUUCACUCGCACUGCAUUGAAUGACUGACUGAUUGAUUGAUUGAUUGAUUGAUUGAAUGAAUGAAUCUGUACACCCCCCUAUACCCAGAGGUCUCUUUCUUUCUUUCUUUCUUUCUUUCUUUCUUUUAUUUUUCUGUACCGCUUUAUAUUUUUAAGAAAAAUCUCAAAACGCUAUACAGCUUAUUAAAUCAAUAAAACAUAAAUAAAACAAUCUGAACAAAGUCAAAUAUAGAGUAUGAAGUCAAAGAAACAUAACAGAAAACUAAAAUAUUAUCUUAAUGAUUUCAAAGAAAACAUUUCAAAGGAGGUCAACUACAGAAUACAUAUUUAACACAGCUGGGUGAAUGUGGACCCCACCUCCUAGGCCAGGUGGAAAGGGCCUUGCAGGGAGCAGCCUUCAGGGCUUCUUCACCCUCUGACCUUUUCUCCUCCAGCGGCUGGAGGGAGAGAGAGAGAGGUGUGACAUCACGAGACAGCACAAUGUACAUUAGUGCAGCAGAAAGUUGACAUUUUAAUUCACCUUAGAUUAAGAUUUUUUUUAAUGGCAUAAAGAGUAAACAAAACAAAAAAGUGCAGAAUGCUUUAUUGAAAUCUCUUGAACGUUCAUGAUAAACUGCCUUGGCAGAGGAAAAUCAGGACCUGGUGUAACAUUGUCCUUGGUAAAGCACUACAUUUGAGGUUUAGUUGUAUAUAUUCAAAAAUGCCCAAAUCUCGUAGAUAAAUCAUUGCUUGGAGUCUGUUGGGAUGACAGGAUUACAUAAACUUUAAUCUAUGCAAGAUUAGCAUGGAUUGUAUGGUUUGGGACACCAAUAUAAACCUCAUAACUCAUUGCUUCUUCUUCAGAUAUGAAUGACUGUUUUAAAUGUCCAGAUGAAUAUUAUCCCAACAAUAAACAGGAUUUAUGUAUUCUGAAGGAAAUCAGCUUCUUGUCUUAUGAAGAACCUUUGGGGAUCAGUUUAGCCUCUUUUUCGCUUUCCUCUUCAAUCAUCGCUGCUCUGGUGCUAGGGACGUUUCUGAAGCACCACAACACUCCCAUUGUCAAAGCCAACAACCGGGAUCUCACCUACAUGCUCCUCCUCUCCCUCCUGCUCUGCUUCCUUUGUGCAUUGCUAUUCAUUGGACAGCCUCAGAAGGUGACAUGUCUUCUGCGACAACCUGUUUUUGGCAUCAUCUUCUCAGUGGCAGUUUCUUGUGUGCUGGCAAAAACAAUCACAGUGAUUCUGGCUUUCAUGGCCACCAAACCAGGAUCCAGAAUGAGGAAAUGGGUGGGGAAGAGGCUGGCUAACUCCAUUGUGAUUUCCUGCUCUUUUAUCCAAGCAACCAUUUGUAUUAUGUGGUUGGCAUUUUCUCCCCCAUUCCCAGAUGUCGAUAAGCACUCAGCUUAUGGAGAAAUUGUUCUAGAAUGCAAUGAGGGUUCUGUAACUAUGUUUUACUGUGUCCUGGGUUACAUGGGCUUUCUGGCUGUGGCCAGUUUCAGUGUGGCUUUCCUUGCCAGGAAGUUGCCUGACAGUUUCAAUGAAGCCAAGUUCAUCACUUUCAGCAUGUUGGUCUUUUGCAGUGUUUGGUUAUCCUUUAUUCCCUCCUACCUGAGCACUAAAGGAAAAUACAUGGUAGCUGUGGAGAUCUUUUCUAUCUUAGCCUCCAGUGCUGGGGUGCUGGGGUGCAUCUUUUCCCCUAAAUGUUAUAUCAUUGUUUUAAGGCCUGAACUGAAUGAUAAGGAACAGCUGAUAAGAUGAAAGGCUGGAUGAAUAUGUGGGUGUGUUUUGCUCUAGUCUGCACAACCAAUGGAUAUUUG